AUGCGCAUCGUCGGUGGCAUCGCCGCCACAUUGGGUCUUGCAGGCGCAGUGUCUGCAGGCCUACACCCUCGCUCCCAAGAAACCCGCGACUUCUUCGCCCUCCACCUCGACGAUACCGCAUCUCCCUCCCACAUCGCACAGGUCCUAGGCGCUCGCCAUGAGGGCCAAAUUGGCCAACUGGAUGGUCACCAUACUUUCUCGCUGCCGCGGGAACAGACAGGCCAGUUCGAUGCCUUGUUAACUGACCUACGGACCAAGAGAAAGCUCCGGCGGCGAUCCGACGGAGACAUCGCGUCGCGCAGGACAGACGACCCUCUAGACAAAAUCCUGUGGUCUCAUAAGAUUGCUCCGGCAAGGCAACGGUUGCAAAAGCGACUCCCGCCGGUCUCGGUGCCGUAUGAACCAUUGGAUAAGAGGUGGGAAGAUGCGCAGGCUGCUGCAUUCCAGAAAAAGGCUAUGUCUACUCUGGGGAUCAGUGACCCGAUAUUCAGAGAGCAGUGGCACAUUCUUAACACAUUGAAUCCGGGACACGAUCUCAAUGUGACGGGAUUGUGGCUGGAGGGUAUAACCGGCAAGGGUGUUGCUACGGCAGUUGUUGACGAUGGACUGGACAUGGAUAGCAACGAUCUCAAGCCCAACUACCUUCCAGAGGGCUCUUGGGAUUUCAAUGAAGGAACCCCGGAGCCACGCCCUCUGCUACCUGACGAUAACCAUGGUACCCGAUGCUGCGGCGAGAUUGCGGCGGCGAAGAACGAUGUUUGUGGUGUAGGCGUCGCGUACGACAGCAAGAUAGCCGGAAUCCGCAUCUUGUCUAAGCCCAUCGAUGAUGUCGACGAAGCAGCGGCUAUCAACUUUGCCUACCAGAAGAACGAUAUAUAUUCAUGUUCGUGGGGUCCGAUUGACGACGGCGCCACGAUGGAUGCGCCUGGAAUCCUGAUCAAGCGUGCCAUGACCAACGGUGUGCAGAAGGGCAGAGGAGGCAAGGGCUCAAUCUACGUCUUUGCCGCCGGUAACGGUGCGACUUUUGGGGACAACUGCAACUUCGAUGGCUACACCAACAGUAUCUACAGUAUCACGGUCGGCGCCAUUGACCGCGAAGGGAACCACCCGACAUACUCAGAGUCAUGCUCGGCCCAACUCGUGGUCGCUUACAGUAGUGGCUCGGGUGAUUCGAUCCACACCACUGACGUGGGUGUUAACAAGUGCUUCUCUGGGCAUGGUGGUACUUCUGCAGCUGGUCCUCUGGCUGCAGGCAGCGUCGCGCUCGCGCUCAGCGUGCGCCCGGAGCUCACUUGGCGUGAUCUGCAGUAUUUGAUGGUGGAGACCGCAGUCCCCGUGAGCGAGGACGACGGCAGCUGGCAGAAUUUGCCCUCUGGCCGCAAGUUCAGCCAUGACUGGGGAUUUGGAAAGGUUGAUACUUAUACUCUGGUGCAGCUUGCUAAGACCUGGGAUCUGGUGAAGCCACAAGCUUGGCUAUACUCGCCGUGGCUGCGGGUGCAUCAAGCCAUCCCUCAGGGCGAUAAGGGUUUGCUGAGCAAAUACACAGUCACAACAGAACAGAUGCAAAAGGCCAACAUUGCCCGACUCGAACACGUUACUGUGACGAUGAAUGUCAAUCAUACCCGCCGUGGCGAUAUUAGCGUUGAGCUGCGCAGUCCUGCUGGAGUUAUUAGCUACCUGAGUGUCUCCCGCGAAAAAGACAAUAUGGCGGUUGGGUAUGUGGAUUGGACCUUCAUGUCUGUUGCCCAUUGGGGUGAAUCGCCUGUUGGCGAAUGGUCGAUCAUCGUGAAAGACACUGAUGUCAAUGAUCACUCCGGCACAUUCACUGAUUGGCGACUUAAUCUUUGGGGAGAGGCCGCCGACGGCACCAAGCAAAAGCUUCACCCCCUCCCCGAGGAGCAUGAUGAUGAUCACCCUUAUGAGGAUGCGCAUGUAGCCACAACUAGCGUGACGGCGGCUCCUACAAAGACUGAGGCCCCUGCCAACUCGGAUGACCACCACGACCGACCCGUGAACGCAAAACCGCAGUCAACUGCUCCGAAUCCUACACAGCCAGGAGAGGCUACCAAGCCCACGGAGCCGGUCGAAGAUCAGAAGCCAGCCCCUACUACUGGCAGUGAAGCUCCGUCUCCUUCCCCCUCCGAAGCAGGCUACAUAUCCUCCUACCUUCCCACCUUUGGUGCUUCGAAGCGCACGCAGAUCUGGAUAUAUGCAUCCUUCGCUAUGAUCGUCGUGUUCUUCAUUGCACUGGGUGUCUACUUCCAGUUGCAGCGACUCCAGCGUCGUCGCACCACUGCUCAUGAUGACUACGAGUUUGAAAUGAUUGAAGAUGAGGACGAAAUGCAACCAAUGACUGGAGCAACUGGUCGAACACAACGUCGCGGUGGUGAACUGUAUAAUGCAUUCGCUGGUGAGAGUGACGAGGAAAUGUUCAGUGAUGAUGAUGAACCAUACCGUGAUGGGGCCAACACUGAGAGACGCAGUGAAGAUGGAUCUCAUGAUGGACCUCAGGGAAAGCCUUAA